GUUUUACUGACACGUGACGUUGAGGUGCUGACGUAGCCGACAACAAAGAUGGCAGGAGUAGGAAGCAGCAACUACUGGGAAGACCUGCGGAAGCAUGCCAGGCAGCUGGAGAAUGAGCUGGACCUGAAGCUUGUGUCCUUCAGUAAGCUGUGCACCAGUUACACCACUUCCAGGGAUGGACGCAGAGGAGAUUCGUCAGACACCACGCCUCUACUUAACAACUCAAGCCAAGACAGAAUGUUUGACACAAUGUCAGUUGAGAUUGAGCAGCUGCUGGCAAAGCUCACUGGAGUCAAUGACAAGAUGGCAGAGUACACGAGCACCCCGGGAGCAUCAUCUCUCAAUGCCGCCCUAAUGCACACACUGCAGAGACACCGAGACAUACUGCAGGAUUAUACACAUGAAUUUCACAAAACCAAAGGCAACUUCUUGGCUAUCCGCGAAAGGGAAGACCUUCUUGGCUCCGUCCGGAAAGACAUUGAAACAUACAAGAGUGGCUCUGGAGUCAACAACCGGAGAACAGAGCUGUUUCUGAAGGAACAUGAACACCUGAGAAACUCUGACAGGCUGAUGGAUGACACAAUAAGUAUUGCCAUGGCAACCAAGGAAAACAUGACGUCCCAGAGAGGCUUUCUGAAGUCUAUACAGGGAAAAGUCAACACUCUGGCCAACCGCUUCCCGGCCAUCAACAACCUCAUCCAGCGGGUCAACCUGCGCAAGAGGCGGGACUCGCUCAUCCUGGGGGGGGUGAUUGGCGUGUGCACCGUCCUGCUGCUGCUGUACGCCUUCCACUGACGGCCGCGCCCAGCCAGCGCUGCGUCGCCGACGCCGCCGCCGCUCAGAGACUAGACUGAAGCUAGACACGGCGAACGUCGCCGGGCGCACAGGACAUUCAGCAGCCCCCCCCCCCCCCCCCCGACACCAGGACCCCCGGCUGCUGGGUCGACCUAUCACAGCACUCGGAUUACAGGUGGGCGGCCCGCUGUCGUCGGGUGGAUGAUUCACCCAAAAAAAAGGACCGGAGACCAAAAGUACUAUGGGACUUGAUAUUAAAGAAUUCUCUUGAUGAUUUGCAGCAAGAGUUUCUACUGGGGGGGGGGGGGGGGGGGGGGAUGAAGACACUCAAAGAUUUCCUUUUUUGCUUUUGGAGGUGGUUGGCUUUAGUGGAUUAUUGUUUUUGGACAGGAGAAUUGGGUGGAUGGUUCAAUGUGAACUUUAAAAUGUGCAUUAAUAAAUUAUUCUUAUUCAGUCUGUACAAAAUUGUGUUAUAAUGGUAGUUACUUAACACCCCAAAGCAUUUUAUUUUUUAAAAAUACUGAACAUGAUGGUGAUUGGGAGCUCAGAUUAAAUAUUCUAUUCCAAUAAUUGCUAACUAUUCUCAGUUUGGGGCAAAAUUGAAGGAGGAUAUACCUGUACAUAUUAACCCUGUGGUUUUUCCACUGUAAACUUUAUAUAAGUGUAAUUAAAAAGUAUACUUUCUCUGUAGAGCAAAUUUGUGUCCAUAUCUGUUUGUAAAUAUCGUUCUCCUUAUGCCAUUUCCCUAGAAGCAGCUUUCUUUCAAUGAAUGCAAUUAGUCAAUCAAAAUCAAUAAAAUGAGUCAUGAAUCCAA